GAAGGCGUCUUUGCUAGCAUGCUAGCCACCGACUUUCAGCCGUCAUAAGCGCAUCGUUGCUGCACGCAGACGCGUUACGGCUGGUCCAUAUCGUCCCGCGGGCAGUCAGCUGCAAUCGCUGCGUCAAACCCCGCAUCUUACGAGCCAGUAGACCUCAUAUAGAACAUGCUCCGCACCGCCAUCCGUCGCGCGGCCAGCGCGCGCCCUGCGCGACGCACCCUCUCCGAAGCGUCCAUCACCGUCGACUUCCCGGGCGCCUACACGGCCCACCUGGGCGACGAGCCCGCGGCGACGGCCGAGACCAAUAAAACCGAGCUCCUCGAGUACUUCAAGACCAUGUACACGAUGCGCCGCAUGGAGAUUACGUGUGAUAACGAGUACAAGGCCCGGACGAUCCGCGGGUUCUGCCAUUUGUACGACGGCCAGGAGGCGAUCGGCACGGGCGUGCAGGCGGCCCUGUCCCCGGAGGACUCGUGGAUCACGUCCUACCGAUGCCACUGCAUCGCCUUGGCGCGAGGCGGUACGGUCGAGGGCGUCUUAGCGGAGCUCAUGGGCCAGUCGCACGGCCAGACGGGCGGCAAGGGCGGGAGCAUGCACUUCUACAACAAGGAGCACAACUUCUUCGGGGGCCAGGGCAUCGUCGGCGCGCAGGUGCCGGUGGGCACGGGUCUAGCCUUCGCGAACAAGUACAAGACGCCCCUGGGCGAGCCGAUGCCGGUGGCGAUCGGCUGCUACGGCGACGGCGCGGCGAACCAGGGCCAGAUCUGGGAGUCCAUGAACAUGGCUGCUUUGUGGAAAUUGCCCAUGAUUUUUUGCAUCGAGAACAACCAGUACGGCAUGGGCACGUCCAUCUCGAGGUCGUCGUGCAACAACGACUACUACACGAUGGGCAACGUCAUCCCCGGGCUGAAGAUGGCGCGUUGCCGUGCGAAAACAAAAAUUCACGCCAUCGACGCGACGGUUUAUUUCCACACAGGACGGCAUGAACGUGUUGUCGGUGCGCGAAGGCAUGAAGCACGUGCGGGACUACGUCUCCCAGGGCAACGGGCCCAUGGUCGUCGAGAUGUCGACGUACAGAUACCACGGCCAUAGCAUGUCCGACCCCGGCACGACGUACAGAAACCGCGACGAGAUCGCGGCGAUGCGCCAGACGCGCGAUCCGAUCGAGUUCGUGAAGAACUUAUUAUUAGAACACACGGACGCGACGGAGGACGAGCUCAAGGCGAUCGAGAAGGACGUGCGGGCGGAAGUGGCCGCUGCCUGCGACCGCGCGAAAGCUGGCAGCCCGCCGUCCUCCAUCGACGAGCUCGUGGGCAACAUCUACCUCGACGCCGAGGGCAAGGACGUGCCGCAGCCGUACAUCCGCAUGCCCGACUACGAGAAGAGCAUCCGCGCCUAG